AUAUCUGCUCAGUCGUGCAGCACAUUAGGGGCGGGGUAGGGAAGUGGGAGGUGGGCUUUUAGGUGGCAAAGGAAAGACACCAAAGUUGCCAUUUUACUGCGGAGCAGCAAGAGAGAAAGACAGCACCAGGUUCUCCGCGGGACGCUACUCAGACGUGAGCAAUGGGCGACUGGAGUUUCCUGGGAAACAUCUUGGAAGAGGUGAAUGAGCACUCCACUGUCAUCGGCAGAGUCUGGCUCACAGUGCUCUUCAUCUUCCGCAUCCUCAUCCUCGGGACAGCAGCGGAGUUUGUGUGGGGCGAUGAGCAAUCUGAUUUUGUAUGCAACACCCAGCAGCCAGGCUGUGAGAAUGUCUGCUAUGAUGAGGCCUUUCCCAUUUCACACAUCCGCCUCUGGGUCCUGCAGAUCAUCUUCGUCUCCACUCCAUCGCUGAUGUACGUGGGGCACGCGGUACACCACGUUCGCAUGGAGGAGAAGCGAAAGGACCGCGAAGCUGAGGAGCUCUGUCAGCAGUCACGUAGCAACGGGGGUGAGAGGGUACCAAUCGCCCCAGACCAGGCCAGCAUCCGGAAGAGCAGCAGCAGUAGCAAAGGCACCAAGAAGUUCCGGCUGGAGGGCACACUGCUAAGGACCUAUGUCUGCCACAUCAUCUUCAAGACCCUCUUUGAGGUGGGCUUCAUCGUGGGCCAUUACUUCCUGUAUGGUUUCCGCAUCCUGCCCCUCUAUCGCUGCAGCCGGUGGCCCUGCCCCAAUGUGGUAGACUGCUUUGUAUCCCGGCCUACUGAGAAGACCAUCUUCAUCCUCUUCAUGUUAUCAGUCGCUUUUGUGUCCCUCUUCCUCAACAUCAUGGAGAUGAGCCACCUGGGCAUGAAAGGAAUCCGGUCUGCCUUCAAGAGGCCUGUAGAGCAACCACUGGGGGAGAUUGCUGAGAAGUCCCUCCACUCCAUUGCAGUUUCCUCCAUCCAGAAAGCCAAGGGCUACCAGCUUCUAGAAGAAGAGAAGAUCGUAUCACACUAUUUCCCUUUGACAGAGGUUGGAAUGGUGGAGACCAGCCCUCUUUCGGCCAAGCCUUUUAGUCAGUUUGAGGAGAAGAUCGGCACAGGACCCCUGGCAGAUAUGUCACGGAGUUACCAAGAAACCCUGCCUUCUUAUGCUCAGGUGGGAGUCCAGGAAGUGGAGCGGGAAGAGCCGCCUGUAGAGGAGGCUGUGGAACCGGAAGUGGGAGAGAAGAAGCAAGAAGCAGAGAAGGUGGUCCCAGAAGGGCAGGAGACAGUUGCAGUGCCAGACAGGGAGAGAGUAGAGAUCCCUGGAGUGGGGAAGGAGGAUGAGAAAGAAGAGCUGCAAGCUGAAAAGGUAACCAAGCAAGGGCUGUCUGCAGAGAAGGCACCCUCACUCUGUCCGGAGCUGACAACCGAUGACAAUCGGCCCUUGAGCAGGCUGAGCAAAGCCAGUAGCAGGGCCAGGUCAGAUGAUCUCACCAUAUGACCUGGUGCAGAAGAAAGAUAUCCCACCUCCAGCCAAUACAGACCAAGAUAAACCCAGCUGGUGCCAAUAUACUUUGAGUCUUAUGUGUCCCUUGGUCCACCCCCACCCCUGGUUUGAUAGAUGCUGUUCUACAACAAUGCACGCUGUACAACUAGGGGA